GAGAGAGAGACCUGGUUUCUCUAUCACUAAUCUUCUACGCGCAAUUCACUCUUGCUAUGAGAGCAAUUAGAUUUAGCAGCGUUCCCAGCGCCUCUCCAAUGACUCAUUGAAACAUCUUCAGUGUUGAUAAAGCCGCAUCUCCGUUCUCCUCACCUCACACACGCACGGGGAAAACAUAACCCAGGACGUGCUGCUGCGCUCCCUCCGGAACACAUGGUGCACGCUGUGUUACUUUGGAUUUGCAGAGCAGGAGCUUGGAUGUGGACUGAAAAGCAGUUUUUUUGCGCAUGUUGGCUGCAUAACCGCGAGGAGUCAGGACUCGUACGUUAGGGAUCCGGACUGAGAACAUUCGAUCACGUUGGACUUCAGGUGGUGGGAGUGUUCUAGUCAUUCCCCAGACAGGAGUAAAACAACAACUACUGAUCUCAAUGCAAGCUCUCAAGAUGGGGACCUCUGAGAUAGCGACAGUGAUUAGCUGGUGCUCCUCCACUCAGCUCGCAAUCUGAAGAGCAGCACAAAGUCAAUCGGAGGUGGGCAGGGGGAGUUGUUGAGGAUCCAGUAGCACAACCUGCCAGAUUCCGGCUCCACACAGUGAGAGCAUGUCAGUUCUCAUAGGCCCUUCAUGGAUGUGUUGCUCCAAGGCCAAGACCAGCCUUUUGCUCUGGAUGGGGCUGGUGUCCAUCUGUGUAGCUGCUACUCAAGCUCAGCAGCAUCCUGUAGCCACAACCAAUUACGGAAAAUUGCGAGGAGUGAAGGUUACGUUACCUAACGAGAUUCUGGGACCGGUGGAGCAGUACUUGGGGAUCCCCUACGCACUGGCUCCAACAGGGGAGCGGAGGUUCCAGCCACCAGAACCGCCCAUGUCUUGGCCAGGAAUUAGAAAUGCAACUCACUUUGCUCCAGCUUGUCCUCAGUUCUUGGAGGACCGCUUUUUACUCAACGAUAUGCUCCCUGUGUGGUUCACUGCCAACCUGGAUACAGUAGUAAGCUACGUGCAGGAGCAGAGUGAGGACUGCCUCUACUUGAACAUCUACGUCCCAACAGAGGAUGAUAUUCAUGAUGAGAAUGGAUUAAAGCCCGUCAUGGUUUACAUACAUGGAGGCUCGUAUGUGGAGGGAACCGGCAACAUGAUCGAUGGCAGCAUCCUGGCGAGCUACGGGAACGUAAUCGUCAUCACAAUCAACUACCGGCUUGGAGUACUGGGUUUUCUUAGCACAGGUGACCAGGCAGCCAAGGGGAACUACGGUCUUCUGGAUCAGAUUCAGGCACUCAGGUGGAUCAAAGAAAACAUCCAUGCCUUCAAAGGAGACCCGAAAAGAGUGACCAUUUUCGGCUCAGGGGCUGGAGCGUCGUGCGUCAGCCUGCUCUGCCUUUCGCAUUACUCAGAAGAUCUGUUCCAGAAAGCCAUCAUACAGAGUGGAACAGCACUGUCCAGCUGGGCCGUCAAUUACCAGCCUGCAAAGUACACCCGAUCCCUCGCUGAGAAGGUGGGCUGCAACAUGCUGGACACCAUCGACUUGGUGGAAUGCCUGCAAAAGAAAAACUACAAGGAGCUGAUUGAGCAGUAUGUCACUCCUGCGAAGUAUCACAUUGCUUUUGGACCUGUCAUUGACGGCGACGUAAUCCCAGACGACCCACAGAUUCUCAUGGAACAAGGGGAGUUCCUGAACUAUGACAUUAUGCUGGGCGUCAACCAGGGUGAGGGGUUCAAAUUUGUUGACGGCAUUGUGGACAGUGAGGAUGGCGUGUCUGCCAAUGACUUUGACUUUGCAGUGUCAGACUUUGUGGAUCAUCUCUAUGGAUACCCAGAGGGAAAGGACACUCUGCGGGAAACCAUCAAAUUCAUGUACACCGACUGGGCAGACAAGGAAAAUCCAGAAACUCGUCGCAAGACCCUUGUGGCGCUCUUCACCGACCACCAGUGGGUGGCACCAGCUGUGGCCACAGCUGACCUUCACGCCCAGUAUGGCUCCCCCACCUACUUUUAUGCGUUUUACCACCACUGUCAAAGUGACAUGAAGCCCAGCUGGGCCGAUUCGGCCCACGGUGACGAGGUACCAUAUGUGUUUGGGAUCCCUAUGAUCGGCCCAACAGAUCUUUUUAACUGCAAUUUCUCAAAGAACGACGUGAUGCUGAGUGCAGUCGUCAUGACCUACUGGACUAAUUUUGCUAAAACAGGAGAUCCGAAUCAGCCAGUUCCACAAGACACAAAAUUCAUCCACACAAAGCCUAACCGGUUUGAAGAAGUAGCCUGGACUAAGUACAACCCCAAAGACCAGCUCUACCUUCACAUUGGCCUAAAGCCAAGAGUUCGGGAUCACUAUCGGGCUACGAAGGUUGCGUUCUGGCUGGAACUUGUUCCACAUCUUCACAAUAUAAAUGAGUUUUUCCAGUACGUGUCCACCACCACCAAGAUACCGCCGCAGGACACCACCCCGUACCCUUACACCAAACGCUUUCCAGGGAAAAACAACUGGCCGUCCACCACACGACACCCAGGAGUCCCUUCUGCCAACACCAAGCAAACCACAGACCAGCGCAAGAGCGGAGACCUAACUGAGGAAUCAACCGUCAUGAUUGAGACCAAGAGAGACUACUCCACUGAGCUCAGUGUCACCAUCGCUGUAGGGGCGUCGCUGCUUUUUCUGAACAUCCUCGCCUUUGCGGCGCUCUACUACAAGAAAGACAAGCGGCGACACGAGUCCAACCGCCGAGUUCCAACCCCGCAGCGCAACUCCGCCCCAGCGAACGCUUCUACUACAGCCAACGAUGUGGCACACAUGCAGAGCGAAGAGCUGAUGUCUUUACAGAUGAAGCAGCAGCAGCUUGAGCAUGAACAUCACCACGAGUGUGAGUCCCUGCAGAGCCAUGACACACUGCGGCUCACCUGUCCCCCUGACUACACCCUCACGCUACGCCGGUCGCCUGACGACAUCCCGCUGAUGACGCCCAGCACUAUCACAAUGAUCCCCAACUCGCUGGCUGGCAUGCAGCCUCUGCACAACUUCAACACGUUUGGUGGGAGCCAGAACAGUACCAAUUUGCCCCACGGCCACUCAACAACACGAGUAUAGCUGAACUGGGCUGGGACCAAUCCAGUUUCCAACACAAAGCAAAUAUGUGAAAUUGACUGUGAAAAGCACAGACUCCGAGUCUAAGCAGAUGAUAUUUUGUUAUCACGCCUUCUUGAAAAGUAUUAAAAGGGUGCAUUGCUCAUAAACUUCUCAAGAAAUUCAGAAUGAAUGUUACAUUAGUAACUCUUCUUGAAGCAAAGCUUCAUAGAAGAUUUUACUUAAAAGAAAGCAACCAGGACUGACUGUUAAUAUCCUUAGAAGGGGCAAAAAAGCCUUUAUGGAGGUUUUUGAGCCAGAAAUACACAAGACAACAAGACAGCAACAAAGAAGCUUCAUCUUUUCAGAAUAAUUUCUGCAUUGGACACCUGACCUGGGCACACAACUCUACACCCCAGCCUGAUAUGUAUUUAUAAAAACUUUGCAAAAAAAUAAAUAAAUAAAUUCAAAAAAGGAGAAAACUAAAAGGGAAUAUAAUUAUGCGUGCACAUAUAAGAUGUUUUUAAGAAGAUUUUAAAAAAUACAAAGAGCUAUUUCUAUAUUUGAUUUGUUUUUGGUUUUAUUUUUUUGCUGGGAUGGUUCUUUUUUUUUUUUUUUUUUUGGCUUGUGCUUUCAAUUUUGUGUGUGUAAAUAUAUCCCAAAAAAUAAUCUUUUUUUUUCUGGCUACAGCUUGUGUUUCAUUAGUUUUGUCAGAAUUACCAAAAUGCGAACACAAUCCCAUCAGAGAAGAUUUCUUCGGUUCAUCAUAUGCAGUACUGUCUUGUGUGUUGGUUGAUGUUCACUUUUUAAGACACUCGAGUUCCGGAAAGGAGAUUAACUCAGUAUUUUCAGUUUGACUGGAUCUCAUCCUGUUCUGCUUCUAUUGCUUUACUUUGUGGAUUUUUUUUCCUGCUUAUUUUUGUCUUGCAAUCUCAGCUCUGCCUGAGCUUACAAUGUGACCAGCAAUGUAUUCUUUAGGAAUAAAAAAUGGCAGUGCAUUUUUGUAAUAAUAUUAGUUGGAUAUGUUUGUAAAGACAUCUAUGUUAGAUAUUUCCAAUUGUCAUAUGCUAGCAAUAUGUAAAAUAUUGUGCCAGACUUGUGAUAUUUUGGUUUACACAAGCAAGUGAAUGAGUGUAAAUAUUAAUAUUAAUUACUAUGAAAACAAAAUAAGUACCCAUUAAUGCCCUUUCCAUUUUGCAUCCUAUAUCAGGAGAAAAAGAAUUACAUCCACAAAAUUUUACGCUGCAUUUAUAAAUUGUAUAAAAAGGUAUAUUCUUGUCAGUUGGUCCCCAAUCCAGUCAAGCUAACAAGGGUUUUUAUUGUAGUAUUAAAAUCCUCAGUUUGUCUCAUUUCUUUGCAGUUUUGCCUUAAGUGAUAAUAGACCUAUUUCUGGCUGGACCCCUGUAUAAAGUUUUUCUGCAACAUUUUUAAUAAAAUAUCACAGUAUUUUCUAAAAAAAUUAAAUAAAUAAACUAAAGAAAGAAAGGAAUGGAUUGCUUAUUGGGACUGACUGGGUGGUUUUCUUUCUCAAAACAACAUUAGUGUGGAAAAGAAUCUUUAAGGAGUUCAGUUUGGUUCAAGUCUUUUAAAGGAAAUGAAAAAUGAGUAGGAAGGAGCUCUGAUCACAUGAGAGCAAAAUGUCUUUACUUGUAUUUAUGGUUUGACUUCUCUAUCUACUACUGUGAAAAAAGGUCUCACUACUCAGAGGGAUAACUGCAAACUGUGCCAAUUUGCCUCUCCCACACAUCAUGUGGAUCUUGGCAAGAUGGAUUCCCCUUUGACUGCUGCGUACAUGACCUGCAACAGAGUAUAAAAGUGCUUAAUUGUAAGAAAGAGAAAUAUCUUUAAUUAAAGCCUCUGCACAAAAAGACUUACAAUUGAACCUAACUCUAUCGUCCAUUGUCUUCCAUUUAGGUUGUGGAGGUAGCAGUUUUACUUAAAAUGUACCCCUCCCAGUUUGCUGGUAUUUUUAGGUUCCAACUCUCACCUUUGGAUAAUACAUGGAUAAUGGCUAAAAUAUGGAGUGGGUGAGAGGUUGAGGUCAAACUGUUUCUCAUCUGCAUUGUUUGGGUUUUCUGGGAACAUUCCAAGGAACUUUAUCAUCCUAUUGGCCCCUGGAAUUCCUGAGGAUCAGUCAGAAAUAGCAGGAGGAGUGGAAUACCUGCAUUUGCCUCACUGAUGCACAUCAAGUUGUGAUCUUGGACAAGCAGAAAGCAAAGGAUGGAUGAUAUCCAUAAAGGGACUUAUGGUUGACUUAUGUUUAGAGAACCUGGAAAAACCAAAUGACUUUUGUUUUUGGUGUGUAACAGGUAAAGCCUGCCUUUAAAACUGCAGAGAUAUUAUCAGAUCAAAAAAAUUUGAUUAAGAUCAGUUCCUCUGCUACCACAACCACUAGCCACCCGAGUCGGAAAUCAAAAAUGAAUUGUUGUGAGGAUGGUGAUAAAAUCAGAGGAAAAUAAAAGGAUUUUGUAAUUUUUGUGAAUCUCCUCAGAUGAGUCUUCAAACUUUUAAGUCAGGUGGAAAAGCAUCCCACAAAACGUAAUGUUAGCU